ACCGCCGCUAUAUAGCAGGAACAUUGCUGAAUGCGGUGUAAAACUAAACUCACUCACUCACUCCUAGCCUAAAUAUAGUAACCAAAAUACACUGCAUGCCCUCUACUGAAUCUAAACAGAAACAUUUUGAUACAAACACAGACUGUUCUACCAUGUCUACACAACUGCCACAUACACAUUACAGAACCCUUAUCCUUUGUGCGUUUUCCUUGACUAUAAGAUGGAGAACGAUGUGUACACGUCGUGAUGUAAGAGGACGGUUAUCCAGUUACAAAAAAGCAACAACGCAGAUUUAAUAGUACAAUGGAUUAUGUUUACAAUAAAGGCGGGCCUCUAAACGUUAUGAUAUCAAGCUUGACGUCCUACUGCUCAAGGUAUUCAAAUGCAUGCAACCACUGGAGAUCCAGCCCAAAGACAGUCUUGUCGGCUAACGUCACUUCUCACAUUUCUUUUCGUGAUACCACAUGGCUUUGCAUUGGGAACAUUUGUAUCGUCACUCUUACCAUCAUAGCAGGAUGUGCUGUAAUAGUGACAGUCUACUACAUGUGGAAGACUUUCACAAGGACACGCACACCUGCAUGGCGGACAAACAAGGGUCCUCUCUCUCGCUGUGUGGACGCCGAGAUGGGAGAGAUAGACCUUCCCGAUAUCCUGGAACCCAGCUUCCAGCAACCAAAACCCCAGGCCUUGACCUCUGGGAACAUGGAGAUGGAACGGGAACUGAAGUUCCAUCCUGAUUAUUGUCUGGACAGUGGUGCGAGUUGGGGCGAUGUGGUUGGGGAUGUGGCGGGGGUGGAGGUAGAGGUGGCCCCGGAGUAUCAGUUGUGUGAGGAGGAGGUGGGGGCAGAUGUCACAAUGUGGGGACUGGAGGUGAUUGAGGAGGGGGAGGAAGAGUAGAUCUGUGUUUGUGUUUGUACAUACCUGUAAAUAACGGAAAUGUCUU